CUUUAAAUUAACCAGAGUGAGCUUUUGAAUUUUGCAAUCAAGAGCCAUAGUGGCUACAAAUGCUUUCAGCAAAUUUAAGGAGAAUGAGCUUGUUGGGAGACAAUUCUCCUUGGGUCUUUUGUGUUUAUGCAUGUCUUGCAAGCUGAGGCCCUGACUUUUCAAGGGUUUUUGUAUAAGUGAACAAUCUUGGAAAAUAGACAUAGUGCUUCCUUCCCGAGCGAACAGCAGGUUUGCUUACUACCCAUUAUGAAAGAUUCGGGUUUCCUAAGCUCAGAAUUUCUCUUAGUAAUGCAAACCUCUGCACAUAUAGGUAUCCAUUGGCACUCAUCUGUGUCACUCAGGAGGCUGAAGCAAGGGAAGCUGAUGCAAAUAGGCCAAAGUUGAUGUGCCACAGUAAUCAAGGCCUUUGUCUCUGACCCGGAGCCUCGUGUUUUCUGGAAGGACCCAUGAAACUACAGCUGGUUCACAUGGUAGCUUGCAGGGAGGGUAACAUUUCAGAUCCUUCACAGUUCUCGAUAGCGUUGCCCCCUUGUGACUAGAUUCCCGGGGCCAGGUCUACUCUCUCUUCUCCAGCCCAGCAACUUGCCUCCACCAAACUAAGACGCCCAAAGGAAGGGACCCUAUUGCCCUCUACUCUCAGACUUGAAUGGAGGAUUAUAUCAUUUUUGACUAUCAGACUGGGAUCUCUUUGAGGUCAGCAACUUCAUCUCAACAGACCGAGGACUUUCCAGAGCUGAAUCUGCCCAUUGCCCAUCUGCACAUUUCUCUCUGUGCCAAUAUACUCCACUUCAAAUCCAGGAUAGGAAAGAAUUUUCCUGUUCCUGAAGCUCCAUGAUUUUACUCCCUCCCCCAGCCCAGCCCCCCACACAUACACAAUAUACAGGAGCCAUAUCCACCUUGUGCCCAAGUCCUACUUCCUACUGGACUUGGCACCAUUCCCUUGUGUUCCUUGGCUCUAAGGCAAUGAAAUGGAAAUAGGAUAAGUAGGGAGCAUGGGGUGAAGAAGGAUAAGGAUACAACACGGGGAGGAGGAGAAAAUAAAACAAUACAAACAAACCCAGUGCUUUCAGUGAUUCCUGCAGGCCAGGUAAAGCCCAGUACUGUACUACUAUCACUGACUGAGGGUCAGAGAGAUAUCAUGCUGAAAGUCAGAUAACUUUUAUAUUUAAGUGGUGGAGCUGGAAUUUAAACCCAGUUAAUUGGGGCCGAAGCCACCUUCUACUCCCCUUUAAUGCCUUCCUAAGUGGUAAGGUAAGAGACACCUGAGUUGUUAGUGCUUGGGAGGCUCUGGAAAAGGAAAUUAUUCCUGGGCAGAGCCUCAUGGGCAGGUGAGGUUCUAGUUCCACCCCUUAUGAUCCAAUAGAGGUCUUAGAGACCAGACCAAGUUCUAUGGGUUCUGGGCACCCUCUCACAUCCCAGUCCCUGAUCAGGGAAAGCAGGCAGCACAGCCUUGGGAAGAAUGGAUAAGCACGGUGUGAAGACUCCGUUGUGGAAGAAGGAACCGGAGGAGGCCAGGGCCGGGGAGGCGGAGCAGGAGGAAGCGAAGGAGGGGUCGGAGGACAAAGACUACCAGAGGCCGCCGGAGGAUAGCGCGGCGGAGGGCGAGGGCAGCGAACGGCGCUCGGUAUCCUACAGUCCGCUGCGCCAGGAGUCCAGCACCCAGGAGGUGGCGCUGUUGCGGCGCGCGGACCCUGGCUUCUGGAGCUGGCUCAGCCCCUUCGCGCUGCUGGGCGUCCUGACUGCUCCCACGGACAGGAAGCGGAGCCUCCCGGAAGAGCUGUGCGUGCUGGAGAUCCGGCGACGACCGCCGCGCCGCGGGGUCUGUGAGCGGUGCGAGAUCCUUUUCUGCAAGAAAUGCAGCAGUCUGCACAGCCAUCCAGCCUAUGUGGCGCACUGCGUUCUGGAUCACCCGGAUCUGGAUCCUUCUGGCCCGGUGGGCAGAGGCAAGAGAAAAUAACCUCCAGGUUCCCUCAUCCUUCUGACAAACCUGCCUCUUUCCCUGAAACCAUUCAAUAAAACCUCUGAUCAAAUUA